AUUCCGUGUUAGUCUAUUUCUUCUUCUUUCUUUUUUUUUUUCCUGAAGUAUUCUCUGAAAUUUCUCCGCGUUUUUUUUUUCUUCUCGAUUUCACGAGAGAGAGAGAAUGGAAGUAAGAUCUGCUGCAACGAAGCUUCAAUGUCAACGUAUUGGAUGCAACGCCAUGUUCACCGAUGAAGACAAUACGGAGGGUUCUUGUCAAUUUCAUGCUUCUGUAACCGUUUUUUCACGACGGAAUGAAAGAGUGGAGCUGCUGCAAGCAAAGAAGUCAUGAUUUCAGUUUGUUCUUGGAGAUUCCAGGAUGUAAAACUGGUAAACACACAACUGAGAAACCAGUUCUGGCCAAACCGGCUCCUAGACAACCUGUUUCGGUUCCUACUUCAUCUCCAGAUGCCAAUGCAUCAACAAAAGACUCUUGCUCCAGGUGCCGCCAAGGCUUCUUCUGCUCAGACCAUGGUUCCCAACCCAAAGAACAGAUUAAGCAGACCCUGAACACACCUGUACAAGUACAAGAACAAGAGAUUGAAUCCUUAGCACCACCUCCAAUCAAAAAGGUUGUUAUAGACAUUAACAAACCGCAAGUCUGCAAAAACAAAGGAUGUGGCAAAACAUUCAAAGAGAGAGACAAUCACGAGACUGCAUGUAGCUAUCAUCCAGGUCCUGCGGUCUUCCACGACAGACUGAGAGGGUGGAAAUGCUGCGAUGUUCAUGUGAAGGAAUUUGACGAGUUCAUGGAGAUACCUCCAUGCACUAAAGGCUGGCACCAGUCCCAGCUCUAACCCAUGGCGAGUGAAGCUACCGCCCUGUUUUUUCUAUUAUCUUUUUUGUUUAACAACAAACCCUUCUACUAUCAGAUUUUUUAUGGUCUUAAAAAUACACAUCAUCAAAAAUAUAAAAUAUUAAAU